GUCAACGAUCGCCAUUGUUUACAAACAUUGGAGACGAAGCGACGUGGACGGUGGGCGUGAUUUUCUAGUUUUACAUCGAUAUUAUCCCUAAAGAAGAAUUAUGGAGUCUAAGCCGCGAGUUGUUGUGCUGUCUACGCAUGAGAAAGAUGGAAGGGAGAUUGUGAAAGGCAUUCUUGAUUUGGAAUGCUUGCCAAAUCCCGAAGUAGAAAAUGAGGGUGUUGAAUGCUGGGCCUGGGAGAUGGAGAAUAAAUACUACACAGCUUCAGUGCUGCUGACGACAGUGCCUCACCCAGAGAAGUGUUUGCAGUGGAUCUUAGAGAGUGGGGAGGCACUGAUUAUAUAUUGUGAUGCAACACAGAAUGAUGCCCUAGACAGCAUAAACAGCUUGGUGGAAAAUGUAGGGGAGUUUGAGCCUGAGGUGCAGAUGCUGGUCUGUGACUCAUGCUCAUCAGAGGACGGAAAUGGUGGGCUAUCGAGACUGAAUGCCCAGCAGUGGUGUAUAAGUAAUGGCUGGGAGCUCAUAGAACUGAAUCGCGGACAAGAGACCAACAAUGAGGACUCAGAAGAUGAGGAUGACUUCCCAGAGAGCCUUGGCUUUAAACGUGUCCGGCAGGCUCUUCAUGCACACACCUGGUCCAACCUGGUCAUGAAAGAUAACAACCGAAGCAGCAGAUUGAAUGCAGUAUUGCAAUCAGUGGCUUCAAAGGACGACAAAAAUGGCAAAGAAGGACAGGAAUCGGAUGAGGUGCUCUAUUCUCAACUAUCAGACUUGACUGUUGAGGAUAACAACACAGGGGCUUCUCCUCUUGCAGGUGAGUACCUAGAUCCCAUGAUGAUGGAAGGCUGCCUGGAAAAGGAUGAGGGUGACUUCGAGAAUCUUUUCUCCAGCUUCGAGCACCUUAAACGGACUGCGUCAUCACUCCCACCCGAUCAACGGAGGGACUAUGCAGAGAAAGUGGCUGUGGCAUUCUGGAGGGCCAUGGGGGGGGACGAGGAUGAGGUCGAUGGCUUGGAUUCAGAGUAACAAUGGAGGUGUUGAUGGUUUAGGGACGUUGAAUUAACGUGUAUGAAGAAUUAAUGUUUCUCUUUCUCUUUCUCCUCUUUCUCUUUCUCCUCUUUCUCUUUCUCCUCUUUCUCUUUCUCCUCUUUC